GAAUGAUCUCAAUAGUUGGUGUGCAAUUAGCGCGCGCAUGCGCAUUGUAUCAAUUUGUUCGAGAAAUGUUGGAGGAUAUGAAAAUCACAGGUUUUUGCUUCGACUGUCCAUUACUCUAUUUGAUCAACAUUGAAUAAUUCGUCAGAUAAACAAGCAGAGCUAAUGGAUAAUGGCAGAAUAUAGUGAUUCAGAUCUGAAAGGUUUGAUGGAAGUGUUUCAAGUGAAGGCAGAAUUCAUUGACGAUGAAGUAGAACCAGGGGAAGAUGACAACAGACACUUGCCUGAGGAGGAAAAUGGUGGAUAUAUCAUGGUUCCUGAAGAAAAUGAUGAACCAGAUGAUGGAACCGCACAUAUGGAGCAAGAGGGAGAAUGCAGCUUCAUGGGAGAAGAAAGUGAUGAAAUCCAUACUACCUUUGAUGCUGAACGGUCUGAACCAGAAGACUUGAGCUCUUUGGGCCCGAUUGCAGAUCAGGACCAGGAUCCAGACUCUGGGACCAGCUCGUCAGUGCUGUAUAAUGUUCUAUCUCAUGGAGAAUCUGCAGCAAUGCAGCAUAUCGCUAUGGGAGGUAUCAAGAAAAAAUUUGAUUGUCGCUGGUGCAAAGCGUCAUUCACAAAGAAAACCAGCUUGCGAAGGCAUAUGAACCUUCAUAGUGGGAGCCGCCCAUUUCAGUGUCCAUUCUGUGAAUACAAUGCAACUAGAAAGGAUCAGUUGAAAACACACAUCAAGACCCGUCAUACACGAGAUAGCUCUAAGCACUUCACUUUCAAAUGUCCUCUAUGCAGUAACAUGUUUCAGAGCCAGAGACGAAUGACCCUGCAUAUGCGAUCUCAUCAGUGGGAUAAUUUCCCUUGUGAUUUGUGCCAUAUAAAAUUUAAAUCUGCUCAUGAGCUUGUGCAGCAUCUGAAGCGUAGGCACCCAGACUCGGGUACAGACCCAGGAAAUUACCCUUAUGUUUGUGAUGUGUGUCAUCGUUGGUGCAAUUCCAUUGAGGAGUAUGUAGAUCACAUUCAGACACACCCACAAAGAUCCCUGCAAUCUCCUGACUCUGUAGCCGAUCGUGCCUCGCCCAACGAUGCAAGUCAUUCUAAUGGUCAAUCAAGGGCUGCUAGAAUGAGUAUCUUAGAGCAAGCGCUGUCUAAAGGUAAUUCAUCGCCAUCGUCUUCAUCAAGGAAUCGUUUUCCCAGUGAAAGUAGCACUAGUUCACAGAAACCUUGUCAGAGAACAGAAUCCAAGCUAUCAGUUAGUAGUUCAACAUCCAGUAUUCAUGGAAAUCCACCUGCAUGUCCCCCUUCUAUCCAAGGGGCCAUGUCUUCUCAAUCCAUGCUGUCAAGGUUACUGCAAGGUGGAAAAGUACAAAAUGCAGCCCCAAGUACAACUACAAGCAAUGGUCCUUACAUCACGAAAACUAUUUCACUGAAUGAAGGCAGAAAUGUCCUUCGCUACCCUCAAUAUCCAGUAAGGAAUCCUUCGCCUACAUGUAAUUCAAACUCCUCAUCUUCAAGGAUGCCUCAUAAUGUAGUGUCACCGACAAUCAGCAGAGACUCUCACGACAGCUUGGACACUCAUUCCCCUCAACUCUCUUCAAACAGCUCUAUACACCGCAGCCGUGGCACAAAGAUGGUAGACAGUUCCACGCAGGAUGAGGUGAUGCGAUGUGAGCAUUGCCAUACUAUCUAUGCAGACAGUAUAAUGUAUGCCAUUCAUAUGGGAUGCCAUGACUGGCAGGAGCCCUUUAGGUGCAAUAUAUGUUCAUUCCACUGUGCUGAUCGCUAUGAAUUCAUGUCCCACAUCACCAGAGGCCUGCAUCAGAAAAGAUGAAAUUCUUGAUAAAUAGUAUUGAUUGUUGAUUGCAAUUCUUAGAAAUAACAUCUAUGCAAUACAGUCUAUCCCACAGUUGCAGAUGUACCAGGUUUUAUAAUUUUAAAUACCAAAGAUUACUCUGUAAUAUUUGGCAUUUAAAAAAAUUGAAACUGUAUGAAAUGUUAGAAAAGAAAGUUUAGCUAAAUUUAGAGCAAUGAUGAAUAUCAAUGAUAAUGAUGGUGGAUAUGAGAUUUACCAGUCUUCUAAAGAAUCAAGUUUUUUAAUAUUAGGGUACAACCAUUUUUGUUGUUGAUUUGGCAGGUACUUAUUGUUAUUGACUGAACAAAUAUUUCCCUUUUUAUAGUAGGCUGUUACUGGGUACAUUCUCAAACGUCUGGACUGAGUAGACCCUGUAAUUCCUUCAAUAUACUCUAGAAUAGAUCUUGUUGCCAACUAUCAUUAGGAGAUGCCCAUGGCAGUCUCCACUUGCCGCCUGUUCUUGACUCAGUUCCUUUGUUCUAAACAUUAGCAAUAGCCAUGAAUGAGUUUGGUUUGAUAGGAUGUCACAAGAGAUAUUGCCAUUUUGUAAUGGCAUUAGAAUGAAUAUUCUUUAAAGUAUUCAUUUGUAUACAUGGUAUACUUUAUGCUAGACAGGAUAGUAUCUAUACAGUUUUGUUAAUCAAAUAAUGUGAUGUCAAUGUCUAAUAACAUACGUGUGUGUAUAAUCAAUUUUUUUUUUUUUUUUUUUUUUG